CCCACUGGCCGAGUGCUCCUCAUCACUUCCGUAUAUGAGCCUUCUCGUGCAAAGCUGCUUGAAGUCAUUCGAUCCCAUGCAGCUUUAAUCAGCAAUCGAAACCCAAUCUCUGGCCUUUAAACCACAAAUAAGAAGCUUCAUUCUCGAGUGCCUUUGAGCAAGAGACCAGGCUAGAAUGAAGUUAGGCCGAGGAGGCUCUGAUCGUGACCUUGAGGUGACCUGCCCGUUUGGGGUGAAAUGUCUCAGCUUUACUAUGUGCGUCGCGUUUGAUAGCAGAAGAGCAGCCAGAGUUGAUCUCAAGUUGACCCCACCUUCCCACUUCCGUUCAUUCAACAACAAUAUACAUUCCACUUGAAAAGAGCAUCAUUGCGCUUUGUAGCCUAUCGGUGGCAAUGUUGUCCACAGUUUUGCAUGAGUGACGAGACUGAUUUUCUCACUGUCGCCAGUUAAAAAAAACUGAAUUUAGCGUUCUCGUGUUGCUCCAAAAAUGAAGCAGCAUUGGGUUUCUCACCUGACCCAUUAUGAUGAGUCUGAUUGGCGAAAAAAAUCACAAAUUACUCAAAGUGAUUUAACACCGAUGACGCAGCAUUAGGACAGGGACGGCGUUACAGGGGGCCCGAUUUCUGACGGGGCAAUAGCCCCGUCAGAAAUCGGCAAAACCCAGCUUAAGCCCCCCUGCAUUUUCUUUGAUAUUCUAAAAAAUAUUUUCAGAUUUUCUAUUACCUUUGAAAAUACGUUUCCUAACUGGAGCACUGAGUGAGCUUAACAACAUCGGUCAAUUAGUUGAAACGAGGCUUCGCACCUGAGCUCAUCAACGAGCGGCCCAUAAAAACCUCCCUCGGGAGCGGCUGCCUCCAAAUCUCUCAAAGCAAAUUUGAUCUGGAAGGAGAAACGAACCUGCAGCAUCUUGGCAUGGCAAAGGAGAAACCUCACGUCAACCUGGUGGUCAUCGGCCACGUGGACAGCGGCAAGUCCACCACCACGGGCCACCUCCUGUACAAGUGCGGUGGCGUGGACCAGAGAAAGCUGGAGAAGUUUGAGAAGGCCGCUGCUCAGGUGGGCAAGAGUUCGUUCAAGUUCGCGUGGGUGCUGGACAAGCUGAAAGCUGAGCGCGAGCGCGGCCUCACCAUAGAUAUCUCGCUGCUCAAAUUCAACACACGCAACUUCUGCAUGACUGUCAUUGACGCGCCUGGACAUCGCGACUUCAUCAAGAACAUGAUCACGGGAACUUCACAGGCGGACGUAGCGUUGCUGAUGGUGUCGGCCGCCAAGGGUGAGUUUGAGGCAGGUGUGUCGCGAGGCGGGCAGACCCGCGAGCAUGCCCUGCUGGCGUACACGUUGGGGGUCAAGCAGAUGAUCGUGUGCGUCAACAAGAUGGAUGCCACCGAGCCGCCCUAUUGCCAGCAGCGCUUCAAGGAGGUGGCGCGCGCCGUCGGUGUCUUCCUCAAGAAAAUCGGCUAUGACCUCAACACCGUGCCCGUUGUCCCCAUCUCUGGCUGGACCGGUGACAACAUGAUCAGCGCCACACACAAGAUGGCGUGGUUCCAGGGCUGGAAAGUGCGUCGCCGACAAGGCAAUGCAAGCGGCACAACUCUGCUAGAGGUGCUGGACUCCGUUCAAGUCCCUGUUCGAGCCCUUAAUAAACCUUUGCGCUUACCCCUACAAGAUGUCUACAAGAUAGGAGGUGUUGGGACGGUUCCGGUGGGCAAGAUCGAGACAGGUGUUCUGAAGCCGGGCAUGACGCUGACCUUCUCGCCUGCCAAGGUGACAGCGGAAGUAAAGUCUAUCGAGAUGCACCACCAAGGUUUGGAUGCUGCGCUGCCAGGCCACAAUGUGGGCUUCAACCUCAAGAAUGGGUCGGUCAAGAACCUAAGGAGAGACGACCCAAAGUGGCCAAAUAAGUUGGCGCUUGCAUUCUGAUUUGUCGAAACAUAAAGAGACUUUCGGUUGAGUUUGAAGAUCAUCCUCAACCACCCGGGUCGGAUCAAAGCGGGCUAUUCCCCGGUGCUGGACUGCCACACGGCGCACGUGACAUGCCGCUUCGCAGAGCUCAAGGAGAAGCUGGACCGACGCACGGGCACCAAAGUGGAGGACCGGCCCCAGCUGCUGAUCUCGGGUGACGCAGCCAAUGUCAAACUGGUGCCCCUCAAGCCCAUGUGUGUGGAGAGCUUCUUCACAUACCCGCCACUCGGUCGCUUUGCCGUCCGAGACUUGAAGCAAACGGUUGCAGUCGGAGUCAUCAAGUCGGUGGAGAAGGAGAGACGACCCAAAGUGGCCAAAUAAGUUGGCGCUUGCAUUCUGAUUUGUCGAAACAUAAAGAGACUUUCGGUUGAGUUUGAAAAUGCAUUUGAGAUCCUGUGUUGUUGCAGAAUUUUUGGUUCAGCGUUUGGAAAUAAAUCCUGAUUUAUUGACCAAAAA